ACCACACGUCAACCUUAAUCGUCGGACAUAAGAAAGCAAAAUCGGAUUUCCCCAGUCGCGUAGCUGCCACAGCUAUCUUGAUCAGAGAAAUCUGAGCGACGGACUGGAUAGUGAUUAUGGCUGUGAAUAAAGGGGAUGAAGACCAAACCGAGAAGCCGGCCGUUGGCCCAGAAACAGAAGACCUUUCUACGACGGGUCAAGGAAACGUCGAUACAUCGGUGAUAACUCCUGAAGAUCCGAAAGAGACCAGCUGGCUGGCCAAGAUAACGACGGUGUUGAGUUGGAUGCCGCAACGCUGUCGUUAUGAUCCGGAGAACCCGCCUAGUUUCACCUUGUCGAUGAACAUUCUACUCGCCUUUAGUGGGACAUUUACUGUUGCGAAUCUUUACUAUGCUCAACCUAUCCUGAAUGUCUUGGCCGAGGAGUUCCAUGUCAGCUACGAACGGGCAUCCGACAUUGCAACUCUGUCUCAGGCUGGAUAUGCUGUUGGCCUACUUUUCCUAUGCCCCCUAGCAGACAUGGUACCUCGGCGACCUUUCAUCUUAUUCCUCAUAUGGGCCACGGCGACCGCUUGGAUUGGAUUGUGUCUCACGAAAAGUUUCGAAGUCUUCAUCAGUUUGUCAUUCCUUUGUGGAGUUGGAACGGUAACACCGCAACUCAUGCUGCCGCUCGUCGGCGACUUAGCACCGGCUCACCGCCGCGCUAGUUCGCUCUCUGUCGUUGUAUCGGGGUUAGCACUUGGCCUGCUGAUUGCCAGGGUGCUAUCAGGCAUAGUGGCCAAUUACACAUCUUGGAGAAACAUCUACUGGUUAGCAUUUGGAGCCCAGUACUUGACGCUAAUUCUGCUCUUCUUCUUUCUCCCGGAUUAUCCCACGAAGAAUAAGGGCCUCAACUAUUUCAAAGUUCUCUGGGGAAUGGCGGUUAUGGUCGUUACAGAACCUCUGCUUACCCAGGCUUGUAUCAUCGGGUUUCUUCUAAGCGCCACGUUCACUUCUUUCUGGACUACUCUGACGUUCCUCCUCGCGUCGCCGCCGUAUGAUUAUUCCUCACUCGAAAUCGGAUGUUUCGCCUUCAUUGGGAUUGUGGUCGUCGCUCUUGCACCAGUCUGGUCACGCCUUAUCACUGACCGAUUUGUCUUCCUCUUCUCAGUUGUGCUCGGUCUCGCAUUCGAAUUCGUGGGUAUCGUGAUAUCUACAUUCAUCGGAAGCUUCUCGGUAGCGGGGCCUAUAAUCCAUGCCAUCAUGAUGGAUUCUGGGACUAAUUUUUCGCAUACCGCUAACCGGAGUAACGUUUAUAACCUGGAUCCGAAAGCUAGGAAUAGAAUAAAUACGGUCUAUAUGGUUUUCGCCUUCGGGGGUCAAAUAAUGGGUACUGCUGUAGGAAAUCGACUCUAUGCGCAAGGAGGCUGGGUUUGGAGCGGAAUUUCUAAUAUCGCCUUCAUCGGCGUGGCCAUCAUUGUGGGCAUAAUUAGGGGGCCAAGAGAGACUGGCUGGAUAGGUUGGUCUAAAGGUUGGAAUAUAAGGAAAGAUGACUCCCCAAAGACAGAAACGAGGCCUCCAGCAAACAAUGAUAUUGAAAGAGCCCUUUCUUCAUCGAAUAGUCCAAGAGAGGAGAGCCAUCCGGAGGGGCCUCCGUCAUCAAAAUAGUCCAGGUCCUUUCUAUGAGUUAUAUAAGCAUGUUACGUGAUUAACACUCUAAGUAGUGUAAAAAGAUACGAGCUAACUUUAGAAUUUCUUACAACUUAUUUAUCUAGACACUUAUGAUAGCUCGACCUAAUAAUGAAUCAAGAUUGUCUAAUUUCUUA